AUGUUUGUCUUCAAGGGCUCUCCCUCUGGAAGAGUCAUCAAACAAGAGAGGCCCAUCACAGACCACAGCCUAAAAGAUGAACAAGUCCUGGUUAGAAUUACUCAUUCGGGUAUAUGCGGGACAGAUGAGCAUUACAAGACCGAGGACAUGGUUCUAGGUCAUGAAGGAGUAGGCGUGGUUGAAGCCAUCGGCGAAUCCGUCAAAAGAUUAUCCAUUGGUGAUCGGGUUGGAUGGGGGUACUGUCAUGGCAGCUGCAUGGCUUGUCGGGAAUGCCAAAAGGGACAAGAGUUGUACUGCAGCCGACGAGAGCUCUACGGCGCUACGAAUUUAGAUCAAGGCUCAUUCGCAUCCCACGCUAUAUGGAACGAAGCUUUUCUGUUUAUCAUUCCCGACUCACUUCCAUCUGCCGAGGCGGCGCCAUUAAUGUGUGCUGGUGCGGCCGUUUACUCUGCUCUAAGUGGUGCCAAGAUUCGAUGGAGCGACCGUGUUGGCAUUCUUGGAGUUGGUGGCCUCGGCCACCUGGCGAUACAAUUUGCUGCGAAAAUGGGCUGUCAAGUUGUUGCUCUAUCCAAUACUCCAAACAAGGGAAAAGAUGCUACCGCUUUUGGAGCAACCGAGUUUGUUUGUCUGUCCGACGCAGAUGCCGCUUUGGCGGAGCCUGUAGACUGCCUUCUCUUGGCUGGGGCAAAGCAGCCGGAUUGGAGCAACAUAAUUCCCUUGGUUCGCCGAGGCGGUCUUAUUGUUGCCAUGACGGUUGAUCCGGAGGAUCUGCGAGUGCCUUAUAUGGAGCUGGUCAUGAACGCAAUCUCCAUACAGGGUAGUCUUCCAGCACCGCCGGCGCUUCACCGAGAAAUGCUUGAGUUUGCAUCGCUUCACAGCGUGCUUCCUAUGAUUGAGACUUUUCCUUUUACAAAAGAUGGAAUUGAUGAAGCUAUGGAGAAACUUCGUCAAGGAAGAAUGAAAUAUCGCGCGGUUAUUGUUUCUACUCUUUAG